AAAGUCAAGGAUUUCCUCCACACUCUUGGACAGCAGCUGCAGCCUUGUUUCUCACAGCUCCUCUCUCCUUAUUGAAAACAACUUUUCGCUGAAAAUGGCCACAGCUGGUAAGGUCAUCAAGUGCAAGGCAGCAGUGGCCUGGGAGCCAAAAAAGCCUCUUGAGAUUGAGGAGAUUGAAGUCGAUCCACCGCAGGCUAACGAGGUCCGCGUCAAGAUUGUGGCGACUGGUCUCUGCCGCACUGACCUCUUCUACCUGUAUGAGACUGACAAUACAGAGCUCUUCCCAAUGGUCCUUGGCCAUGAGGGAGCAGGCGUUGUGGAGAGCGUUGGUCCCGGAGUCACCGAAUUUCAACCAGGUGACAAAGUGAUCCCCCUGAUCAUCUCCCAGUGUAGAGAGUGUCGCUUCUGUAAGAGUCCGAAGACCAACCAGUGUGAAAGGGCAUGGGAUAUUGUUCCUCACAAUGUGGAGCAAGCACCUGUCUCCAAACUGAACUGCAAAGGAAAGAAGUUGCUGCAGUUUAUGGGAAUCAGUACCUUCUCAGAGUACAGUGUGAUAAAUCAGAUUGCUCUAGCCAAGAUUGACCCUGCUGCCCCUUUGGAUAAAGUCUGUCUCCUUGGCUGUGGGAUUUGCACAGGAUUUGGAGCCGCAGUCAAUGAUGCUAAGGUUGAACCAGGCUCUACGUGUGCCGUGUUUGGCCUGGGGGCCGUGGGCUUGGCUGCGAUCAUGGGUUGUAAAUAUGCUGGUGCCAAAAGGAUUAUUGCUGUUGACAUCAACGCAGACAAGUUUGAGAAGGCCAAGGAGUUUGGAGCCACAGACUGUGUAAACCCAAAGGAUCACAGCAAACCAAUCAGCCAAGUGCUCUCUGGGAUGACCAAUGGUGGAGUCGACUACUCCCUGGAGUGUGUGGGGAAUGUCGAACUUAUGCGCCAUGCGUUGGAGUCCUGUUUGCAAGGCUGGGGCGUGAGCGUGAUUGUUGGCUGGACUGACAAGUACGAUGUUUCUGUUCGUCCGGUUCAGCUCAUUGCAGGGCGUACAUGGAAGGGCUCCGUGUUUGGAGGUUUUAAGGGUAAGGAUGGUGUGACUGAGAUGGUAAGAGCCUACCUGAAUAAGAAGGUGAAGAUAGAUGAGUUCAUAACUCAUAACAUGCCUUUGGACCGCAUCAAUGAAGCUAUCACAUUGUUGCAGGAGGGCAAAAGCAUCCGGACAGUCUUGAGUGCUCCUCCACAAUAAGUCAAUGUAAUUGGUUUGAAUAACUCCCUAAAAAUUCACUAUAUUUGGACAGAUACUAUCCAUCACGACUUCUUAAACCGUUUCGAUGAAUCAGUACACUAGGAGUGUCACAAGAUAUCGUGUUACAAGGGAUUAAAACAUGCUAAUUUAUUCUUGUUCAGAAGAAAAUGAUCUCAUGUGCACUAGGCCUGGGAACAUAAUAAAUUAAUCACACAAUACAUGAAAAUGAACACCAUCAUUUUGCCAGUCUGAGUAUAUUGCCAUGUGUAUGCGUCUGUUUUCCUCGUCUCUCGCCUCCAAACAUGCAAGAAAAGAGUUCACUCUGUGCAUUGGUUUCAGCAUCUUGGUACGUGUUCCACAGAACAAUUGCAUGACUGUAGUGAGCCCUUUUGUUAGUCAUACAGUCUCUUGUCUCACACAGAACGCACAAGAGUGUAACAUAGUAGAAAUUAAAUUAGCAGAUUGCAAUAUAUUGUCAUAUAUUUUUAUUUUUUUCAUUGUAUUUUUCUUAAAAGUAAUGUUAAAAUAUCGUCUCAGUCCUCGUAGACCCAAUCUCAUGUAUUGUCUCGUCUCGUCAACUGAGUGUCUCGUGACACCCCUAGCACCGUAUUUUCCGGACUAUACGUCGCACCAGCCAAAAAUGCACAAUGAAAAACGAGGUAAUUCGGGUUAUGUCACCAGCGUAGGAACGGAACUCGUUUGUAACUCGAGGACUUCCUGUAUAUAUAUACACUGCUCAAAAAAAUUAGAGGAACACUUCGAAAACACA